AUGUGUUCCCCAUUCGAGUUUCGUCUCAUUUCACUAGCCUUUUUACUUGUAUUUCAUCAAAUCAACUGUAAAAAUGUCACUUUUGUUCCAUGGCCGAUCAACAUAACCAUUGAAGACCUUCCACAACCCUAUGCUUCAUCAUCAGUUUCUAAAUCACCUCAAAUCAUUCGGGUACCUUCAAAACCUCUUGUUUACAUUCCUGAUGGAUUCAUUGUGAAGUUAUAUAUGAGUGGACUCUUAUCACAACGUUAUCUUAUUUAUACACCUACAGAUGAUAUUCUUGUUAGUGAAUCGAGUGCUAAUCGAAUUUCUUGUCUAGCAGAUAAGGAUCAUGAUGGUUAUCCAGAUCAACGUUUAACAUUUGUUGAUGCAUCUAAUGGACUCAAUUAUUCAUUUGGUAUGGCUUUUAUCAAUGAAUAUUUUUAUGUUGGUAAUCGAGAUACUGUUCGACAUUAUUCUUGGACUAAUGGGAGUCGACAAAUUACAGGUACAGGUCAAGUAAUAACGCCUUAUCCCCAAAAUGGUCAUUCAACACGAACUAUCGCUAUAUCACCUAUGGAUGAUCGAAUAUUCGUGACUUCUAUUCAACAAGCUAAUAUCAAUGGUAGUAAUCAAACAACAUUUGCUUAUGGUCUUCGAAAUGUUGUUGGUUUAGCAUUUCAUCCAAUUACUAAUGAUCUAUAUGCAACAUGUCAAGAAAGAGGUGAACUUGGUGAUGAUCUUGUUCCUGAUUUUUUUUCACGUAUUGAACAGAAUGAUUUUUAUGGAUGGUCUUUUGCUUAUAUGAAUUUACAUUUAACUGAUCCAAGACGAGUUUUAAGCAAUGAAACAAGUGAACGAUCUGAUCUAAUAUUACUAACUCGAACAUCUGAUGUUCUUUUUCAAGCUCAUUCAGCAUUACUUGAUAUGAGAUUUUAUACAGGCAAACAAUUUCCUAGUCGGUAUCAAAAUGGUGCUUUUGCAGCAUUUCAUGGUUCAUGA